AUGGAUGCUAUCAGGCCUACGCAUAGGGCCUUUAUUGCUCUAGGCAGUAAUGUCGGGGAGCGGGUUGAGAUGAUCGAGAAGGCGUGUCUGGAGAUGGACCGCGCCAAUAUCAAAGUCAUAAGGACUAGUUCUCUGUUUGAGACGGCUCCGAUGUAUUAUCUCGACCAGGAGCCUUUCAUGAACGGCGUUUGCGAGGUCGAAACAACCUUGCAACCGCUGGAGCUCCUCGAUGCUCUACAAGCCAUUGAGAUCGGCCUAGGGAGGAAAAAGCUGAUAGAUAAGGGCCCGCGGUCAAUCGAUCUCGAUAUCCUCCUUUACGACCAAGAUACCUUCACCCACGAUCGACUCAACAUCCCGCACAAGCUGAUGUUGGAGCGAGACUUCGUCCUGCGACCUCUCAGCCAACUAAUCCACAACGAAACCCCCCCUUUCAAAGGCCACAAAAAGACCUACGCUUCCCACCUAUCCUCCCUCCCACCCCCCUCACCCAUCCCCAUCGCAACAACCUACAUCUCCCCCUCCUUCCCACCCCUCCGCUCCACCGACCCCUCCAGACGAACCCACAUAAUGGCAAUCCUAAACCUCACCCCAGACUCCUUCUCCGACGGCGGCAAACACCCCGCAACAGAUCUCGAAACCCUAACAGCCACCGUCCGCUCCUUCAUCGCCUCCGGCGCAACCAUCAUCGACGUCGGCGGCGAAAGCACACGGCCCGGCUCCGUCCCCGUCAGCUCAGACGAGGAACUCCGCCGCAUCAUCCCCGCCAUCCGGCACAUCCGCACGUCCAUCCCCGAAGCCAAGAACGUAGCCAUCAGCGUGGAUACGUACCGCGCGCGCGUCGCGCACGAAGCUCUCGCCGCUGGCGCAGACAUCAUCAACGACGUUUCUGCGGGCACCCUAGACCCGGAGAUGCUGGGGACCGUCGCGCGGUCAGGGAAGUCAAUCGUGCUUAUGCACAUGCGCGGGUCGCCGUCCACGAUGACGAAGCUGACGGAGUAUCCGAAUGGCGUGAUUCCCGACGUGAGCAGCGAGCUUCUUGAGCGUGUUGCGGCCGCCGAGGCAGCGGGGAUACGCCGGUGGCGGAUCAUCCUCGAUCCUGGGCUGGGCUUUGCCAAGAACCAGGCGGAGGAUCUGGCUAUUCUUAAAGAUCUUGCUGCGUUCCGGGCCGUGCAGGGGCUGGAGUACUUUCCUUGGUUGAUGGGGCCGAGUCGGAAGAGGUUUAUUGGGAGGUUGACUGGUGUUGAGAAGGCGAGUGAGCGUGGUUGGGGCACGGCGGCAACGGUUACGGCGAGUAUUGCUGGGGGUGCGGAUAUUGUGAGGGUGCAUGAUGUCAAGGAGAUGUGGCAGGUUGCUAGGGUUGCGGAUGCGAUAUAUCGGGGUGCGGAGUAG